CUUUUGAUAAUGAGGACAAACAGCCGCAGUUUUGCUCAAAAACAUCAGUUCAGUCCUUGCGAUCCACUUGCUAUUUACCUCCUCUCUCCCUCCUCUCCUGUGGGUUGGAACCCACACCUUCGUGCACCGGUGUGACGUCAUCAGAAUUCUGCUCGGUUUGGUAGCCGGACUCGGUUCCGUGUUUGAAAUGUGUUUCCCUACCGCUCCGCACAGAAGUGGCAAAAUAAUGUUUAGCGCUCAUAACAAGCGGAUUCUCAGCGGUUUGUUCAUAAAACAGAAGACCUGCAGGCCUCUGUGAGUUAUAACAUCCUAAUACUGUUUCAGUUGUAAACAUUGUGCUCCAUCCCUGUUUGAACUCAGAAGUUGCUUCUUGAUGCCACAGAUAUGUGAGGAUUUAGCUUGUUUCUUUAGCCGUUCAAUGUAGUUAAAUUAGUCAUUCAAAUAAUUCUAAAAUGCUGCUGCUGCUGCUGCUGUGUGUGUGUGUGUGUGUGUGUGUGUGUGUGUGUGUGUGUGUGUGUGUGUGUGUGUGUGUGUGUUACACAUAUAGGACUGCAUGAGACAGCAUGGUUUCAUCAAAUCCAUGCAUCUUAUUUCUUGGUUGAAGUAAUGGCAAACAAAAAUAACUUCCAUUUCAUAAAUGAUGUGUCAAUAGUGUCUACGAUAAUGUUUUAUCUUAUAUUGGACCUAUCUUUGGUCUGGGAGGUGUAACAUAGGAGAGGAGAGGAGAUACAUGCAUGAAUUUAAAGUUCAUGUUUGGAGACCAACCUUCACAGUUUGGAGGCUCACGCUGGUGAGGAGACACCGUUAGUUCUAGUAACACCUGGGCUCCCAAGGCCUAUUCUGACAGGAUGAAUGUUUUGGGACCCUUAAGGAUUCCAGUUGGAUGACUGGAGGAUUAUUUAGGAGGAUUGGAAUGAACAAACUGAUUUCAGUGGUGAAGGGUUAAAUGAGUGAGUGAAACCACUACCAAGGAUGAACUCUGCUAACUUUAAAAAUCAGCUCCUCUAAAUAAGCAUGAAGGUCAGAGAGGAGCUCUAGGAUGGACAUGGAUAAAGGAACUGUAAUGUAGAGGUAAAGUAGGGUAGGGCCAACGUUAGCAGCUGUCAUACGGUCCAUCUGAAAUGUUUGACUGCAUUAGGCUUGUUAUAUUAUGUGACAGGUUAGAGCACAGUCUCAUGUUAGAGUUUUGUCAUGAAAACAUUGAGAUACCUCACAUACUGAUGGCAUCUAAAAAAAUAUUUUUUUCUCAAAAUAAAGAAUAAUUUUGAUCACAAUUGAAACUUACAAUCCUAGAAAACCCUCAUCUAAUCAUUGUGCACGUCCUGUUCUUACUGAUUGGAUAGAAAUCCCUCCAUCAAACUGUGUGUGUGUGUGUGUGUGUGUGUGUGUGUGUGUGUGUGUGUGUGUGUGUGUGUGUGUGUGUGUGUGUGUGUGUGUGUGUGUGUGUGUGUGUGUGUGUGUGUGUGUGUGUGCGCGCGUGCGUAUCGAACACGGAAAAACAUGGCGGACUGGCAAGAACUAGUAUGGCAGAGGUUCGUAAAUACAGACAUUUGUAUGAUUCAGCUCUCAAAGAUCGUCGUGAUCAACAUGUUGUUAAUAAUUCUUGGAGAGAAGAAGCUCGCACUGUCGGAAAAGACGAGGAUGCUGUUCAAAAAUGCUGGAAAAACAUGAGGGACCGAUAUGUGAAGGCAAGGAAGGAGAACAAAGGGAAAAGCAGUGAUCCUGGUGGAAACAAGAACACUCCACCAAUUCUAAAAGAGCUGAGUUGACUCUCAACUUUCAUUAAACAUAGAGCAACAGAGAUCAACGUGACAUCAGCUGUGGUAAGUAAAGUUAUUUUUCUGUGAAGGUUAAAUAAAUGUAUUUGAUCACAGGAUUCAUAGAAAGACUUUGUAUUUAUUUUUCUUUUAAUGUUGAAUAACAGCUUCAAUAAAAUAAGUAUAUGUUAUUUUUAUUGUAUUUAUUUUGAAGGUUGAGGAUGAUUCACAAUCAGAGGCAGAUCUCCUCCAGUCUGCUUCCCCACCCUCUCCUGUCCCAACGCUGCCACCUUCAUCCAGUUUAUCUGAAUUCAGCACAAAAUGCCCCUGCACCCUCCAAGACACGUUUUCCUACAGUUCUCCAAUGGAAAAGGUCUGCUCCUCUCCAGGAUCCAGUGGUGGUUUAACCAGUGUCUCAGAGAGUCCAGGCCCAGCACCAAAGAGGAGGAAGAAGAUGGUUGAUGUUUUGCUCAAAAGGCUUGACAGGGUUGACCAUGACAAAGGUGUCCAUAAUGACACAAAAGACAUCAGAUUUGGAUAUGUUGUUGCUGACUUACUAGGAAAAAUAUCAUCUGAAAAGAAAAUGUCAGUCCAGUUCAAAAUCUUCCAGCUGCUGUAUGAAGCUAUAGAGUAAAAAACUCAACAGUAGAUUUUUUUAUGGUUUAUUUUUUAUUUUUUUCAUGUGAAUUAACUCAGACUGAGUUACAUGUCAUUUAUGUUUACAAGAACCCAACCUUGAACACAAUAACAAUGGUGUGAUUUCAUGCAUUGAGUUGAGCUCUAUUCCUUGUUGCCCAGAGAACUGAAUUAACUGACUGCAGAACUGAAAGAUGCCCUUUCAUCUGCAGACACACGAUUCAGACCAGACCAGAGGCUUAAUUCAGUGUACCUCUCCUUACCACGCUUUCCUGCCAAGGUACAAGUCUUUGCGGUAACAGGAAGAAUGACUUAAAGUCAUUUCUGUCUGGAAUUGCAGCCCGAGUUGCUCAUGCCUUGCAUAGCUGUCCAGCAUCCAACAGGUUGCUGUCACCGGCAACUACUCUUCUCUAUUCCCCAUACACGUCAUCACCUGCAGAUGUGAAAGAGUCAGAGAACCUGGGUGGGAUGUAGCGGGUGACUGGGGUGUUGGCAGCAUCAGUGCUGCUCAGGUAAUUGUGUAAAGCCACACAGGCCUUCACAACUUUAACAGUUUUGUCAGGGUGGAAGUCGAUUGGUCUUCUCAGGAUCCGCCAUCGGGCUGCCAGAAUGCCAAAGCUGUUCUCUAUCACCCUCCUGGCACUUGAGUGGCGGUAGUUGUAAAUCCACUGUGUGUCAUCAAGGUUUGUUCCUGCAAAUUAAGUUGAGAUUAGGUUAUAUAAUAAUCCCAAUUUAUAAAAUCGUCAUCAUAACACAUCUUAAUAAUAACAUACCUGGAAAAGGCCGCAUCAGGUUUUGGUGGGGAGGGAAGGCCGCAUCAUCUAGGAACACGUGUGGAACAGUAGUGGUGGAACCAGGCAGGUUGGCCGGGAGUGGUAGGUCCAGGGUUCCAUGGAGCAGGCUGCUCCCGAACAUGCACUCCUGAAAAACUCCACCAUCACUCUCUCGCCCAUAUGCCCCUAUGUCCACCCUGCUAAAUCUAUAGUUAGCAUCACACACAGCCAUGAGCACGAGGGAAUGAGUUCCUUUGUAGUUGAAAAAAAUCAUUUCCUGCAUUUGGUAGUGCUUUUAUGAUGUUUUCCAUCCACACAACCCAAACAAUUUGGGAAAUUCCACACACACCAGAAUUCCUGGGAGAUGUCUGCCCACUUGUUUUUGUCAGGUAAUAAAACAAAAUCACUGCACAACGCCGACCAAAGUGCCUCACAGACUUCAGUGACAAUGGGGGAGACUGUUGUGGAUCCUAGCCUGUAGCUUGUGCCACGCUUUGCUGACUGUUUCCUGAUACAAGCACACGAAGCGUGACAGCAAGUCUUUCUUCCAGUUUCACAGGGCUACUGUGGGUCGCUGCGUGGUUAAUAUAUGGUUGAAUACGAUGCAACAAGUCGUCAAAUCUAUUGGCAGACAUGCGGAAGUACUUGAAAUGUGAAAGUUCGUCGAUUCCACGCAUGGGUCUCACAAGGGAACUAUAUUCACCUUCGUCGCGUCUACUUUGGUUUAAUGGACGAGUGGACCAUCUCCUUUGUCGUCUGCUGUGUAGCAAUAGUAAAUAACAUACAAUUUCUUCCUCUUCAAGUAACCUCGCAUGCCUCAACCGUGGUGUAGCCAUGUUGUAAACAACAGUUAUUUCUACUUCUACUAUGGUGUAGUGUUGGAUGCAUGCUGUAGAGCUCCAUGCUGCCCCCUACAGUUUAGGAGAAUAUUGGCUCACCGCUGAGACAAGCCGCAUGAACCAUAAACGCUGCAAUUUGUGAAGCGCGUUCCAUUUGCUAGCCGCAUCACCAAGCGGAAAGUAAAUGCGUCAAGCAUAAACCGAGCUUAAGCUACAGCUGCUACACUCCUGCUUAGACUCUAUUAAAACCUGGAUGGCUGGGAACUUUCUUCAGCUGAAUGAAGAUAAGACUGAGAUCCUCAUCUGUGCCCCAGACAAGCUGGUUCCCAAAGUCAGAGUCUCUCUUGGUCAGCUAGCUUCGCACACAAAACCCUCUGUCAGGAAUCUUGGCGUGACCUUUGACCCAGCUCUCACCCUGGAUUCUCAUGUCAGUUCUCUUGUUCGCUCUUCCUUCUUCCAUCUCAGGAACAUUGCAAAGCUGAGUCCCAUUCUGUCCCGUUCUGAACUUGAGACAGUUAUCCACACCUUCAUCUCCUCACGCUUAGACUACUGCAACUCUCUUUUCACGUGUCUGAGCAGAACCUCCCUGAACCGUCUACAGGUGGUUCAGAAUGCCUGUGCUCGGCUUCUGACCAAGUCCUCCAAACACACCAACAUCAACCCACUUCUCCUCCAGCUUCACUGGCUGUCAGUCAACUUAUGGGUUCAUUUCCAGAUCCUGGUUUGGGUUUUCAUGGCCUUACAUGGACAAGCACCAUCUUACAUUGGUGGUCUUCUCAGUCCCUACACCCCCAGCAGGUCCCUGAGGUCCAGUGACCAAAGCCUACUGGUUGUGCAGCGCACCAGGCUAAAGACCAAAGGUGACAGAUCAUUUGCUCCUGUGGCCCCCAGACUCAAGACUUUUCUCCCUCUGAGCCUGAGAUCAGUGGACUCAGUGGUCUCCUUUAAAAAUAUGCUGAAAUCUCACUUGUUCAUGCUGGCUUUUGCGUGACCUUCGUCACCACGCUCUCCUUAUUCUGCUCUUUCUACCAAUGCCACCUUUCCCAAGAUUCACUGAUUUCCCUCUUUCCUAUAAAUUUUCUCUUUCCUUACAGUUUUAAUCACUAUUUUUUCUCAUUUUUACCAUAUGUUUUAAUAAUUUAUUUAAGUCUUUUUUCAUAUUUUAAAAUGUUUGUUCUUCUGAAGUGCCUCGUGAUUUUUAUCUUUAGAGGCACCAUAUUAAAGGUUGUUUUCUUUCUUCUUUUCUUUUUAGAGACCAUAAGAAGAGCUGUUUCAGUAGAAUGAGCUGAAACUAUAGAAACUA